AUGGCACCCAAUUGGAAGCAGAUUGCUGCUCAAAAGCGUGAUUCGGUGCUUUCACUGAUACCCGAGGAAUGGCGAAUUCCUGCGCCGCCUCCUGUAGAAGAGCAAAGAAAUGUCACUGGCACGUUCAUUCAACAGUACCUAGACCCCAAGGAAAUCGAGAUCACUGAGACAGAAGCUGUUGAGAUUGUCAAGAAGACCAGUACUGGUGAAUGGACCGCUGUCGAAGUCACAAAAGCUUUCUGUCACCGAAGUGCUGUGGCUCAUCAAUUGGUGAACUGCCUCCACGAAAUCUUCUACGAUGCUGCAAUUGAAUCGGCCCAGCAACUUGACCACUACUUUACAAACCACAAAAAGCCAGUGGGGCCUCUUCACGGUUUGCCCGUAUCGCUGAAAGACCAGUUCCAUGUUAAAGGAGUCGAAACUCACAUGGGCUACGUUGGCUGGAUCGGUACCUUCCAAGGCGAGAAGGGAACCGGCAAAGAGAAGGUGUACGAGUCUCUUAUGGUCAAGGAACUACGCAGUCUGGGCGCCGUGCUCUACGUCAAAACGGCAGUGCCACACACAUUGAUGUGUGGAGAGACGACUAACAACAUCAUUGACUACUGCUGGAACCCUACGAACAGAAAUCUCAGUGCUGGUGGUAGCUCUGGCGGCGAAGGUGCUCUCAUUUCGCUCAAAGGCAGUCCUCUUGGUUGGGGAACUGACAUUGGCGGAAGCAUCAGAAUUCCUGCCGCGUUCAAUGGCCUUUUCGGUUUGAGACCCAGUAGCGGCAGGUUGCCAUAUGAAGGAAUGGCCAACUCGUUUGAUGGAGCUCCGAGCAUUCUCAGCGUUGUUGGGCCCUUAUCGUCUUCAUCUGCUGGCCUCAAGCUAGCCGUGAAAUCUAUCCUACGGACUGAACCAUGGAAACACGAUCCUCGCGUGCACCCUCUGCCCUGGAGAUACGAGCAAGAGGAGACGGCUAGAAAGCUUGCAAGCGAGAAGAAAUUGACAUUCGCGGUUCUCAAGCAUGAUGGCAAUUGUGCCCCACACCCUCCGAUCAAGAGAGCACUUGAGGAGACGGUCCAAAAGCUUGAGGCUCUGGGACACAAGGUCAUUGAGUGGCAGCCCCCUAGCCACGGUAAGCUCGAGGAAAUCUGUGGCAAGUCGUGGAAUUAUGAUGGUAAUGCAGAUGCUGCGAGAGCCUUUGCCCUCAGUGGAGAGGAACCCAAGCCUAACAUCAUGUUUGAGCGGGCCCCCGAAGCCAAUGCGACCGACAUCAUGCGUAAUCAAGUAAACAAGCGGGACGCCGAGAAGGAGUACAUGGAGUACUGGAACUCAACGAGCGAAUCGACUGGCACCGGGCGUCCAGUCGAUGCUAUCAUUUCCCCACUGGCACCUUUUACCGCAGCUCGUCCAAACAAGUACACCUCAUACAGCUAUUCGGUGUGGGUCAAUGUGCUUGACUACAGCUCUGCGAUUGUCCCAGUCACAAAGGUUGACAAGACUGUGGACAAGGCAUAUGCUGACUUCAAGCCGGUGUCGGACGUGGAUGAGAAGACACAGGCUACUUACGACGCAGAAAUCUACGACGGAGCUCAUGUAUCGCUUCAAGUGGUAUGUAGGAGAUUGGAAGAGGAGAAGGUGCUGGCAAUCUCAGAGUAUGUCUAUGAGGCUAUCCACGGCUAA